AUGACUCCUAUAUUUCCGCAGGAGAUCAUGGAUGUCGAUCGUUACAAACGGCCUGGCGUGAUGUCGCCGGUGAAGCUGCAUCGAUCCUCGGCCAAGAUGGCAGUGGUGACCAGUGGUCUGACGUCUUAUGACAGGAUCGAUUGUGAUGGGAUGAUCAAUUCAGCAUCCGCUCAGAGUGAUGCCUCGCAAUGGCAGCAGCUGGAUUUCAUGGCUCCGGUGGAGGGACUCGGAGCGAUCAACUGGCAGGAUUGGUUUGUUUACAAAAACUUCUUCCGCGGCUCCAGCUUAGAUGUGGCUGGCACCUUGGCCUUGCCUUCCUGUGAGCUGGUGAAGAACUGCGUGUGGAGCCAUCCGCGACGGGUGGUGAUGUCCUUCCAGAAAGAUCCCAUCGAGGCCUACAUCCGUGAAGAUGAAACUCACGAUGGCUCACAAACGGACUCCUCUGGUUCCAGUGGUGCGGUGAAGAUCACCGGUGGAGGCUCACGACCUGAGUUUGUGGCGGAAUGUCGCACCCUGAAGGACAUCUUGGCAUCUCAGGGCCUGGGUCGACCGAAGCUGGUGGAUUUCCUGUCGGUGGAUGCGGAGGCAGCAGAGGCCGGCCACGGCAAUGCAACCCCUGGAAGAGUGGGAGAGUUAUUGGAUAAUCUAAGAAUAUAUAGAUGA